AUGCCUCGACCCUACCCGAUCGAGAUAUGCCACAAAUCUGUCGGCGGCGGUCUCCGCAUUGGCCCGUGUCUCCUUGCCCCGGAUGUCAACUACAAUGACCAGAGCUACAUUCAACGAGGCGGAGCUGGGCAGCCGUCGCCCUUCCAGAAGGCUAGAUCGUUGUCGCCAGCCUCCAAGCAGCGCUACCAAGCCCCAUCGCCGAGGACACGCCGCGAACUGUCGCCCGGAGCUUCUGUGCAUCACUUGCAGUACAACUCGCCGAUGAACUUGUACUCGACCGAGUCGGCCGCCGAGCAGUACAACCAGCAGACUGGACUGCCGGUUGGCCCCGUUCCUCGUGCCAAUUCACCCUACCUGAAUUCUGCCACCCGCCAGGCUAUCGCUGAGGAAGAGGGAGCUCGUUUCCUCCGUGGCACCUCCCCGACCUGCUCGCCGAGCUUCAAACGCAUCAGCAGCGCCGUCGGCACCCCCGUCAAC